AUGGCUGCUAACAAGAGGAGAAGGAAUAGUGGCGCUGAUGACAUCGCGAAGGCUAUUCACCGGAUGGUGGAUGCAAUGCAAACACCUGUAGCGGCGCAGCCUAGAAUGACCAUUGCACCAGUCAGAGUGCCGACUGUGGAGGAUUUCUUGCGCCACAAGCCAGCGGAGUUCACUGGCAAAGUCUCUCCUGAUGAAGCAGAUGCAUGGCUCCACAAAUGCGAGAAGAUCUUCAAGGUGAUGAACUGCGAAGAUGAGCAGAAGCUGUUGUUCGCCACCUAUCUGCUGAAUGAGGAUGCUGAAUAUUGGUGGGCAGGCAUGCAACAACAAAUGGAGACCAGGGAAGAGCCGGUGAGUUGGGCCAACUUCAGGACUCGCUUCCUGGAGAAAUAUUUUCCAGAUACAGCUAGACAGGACAGGGAGGCUAAAUUCCUUGCAUUACAGCAAGGGGACAUGACCGUGCAGGAGUAUGUCAACAAGUUUAAGCAUCUAGCGAGGUAUUACUCGCAGGAUAUCACCGAGGAGUGGAGGUGUCAAAAGUUUGAGCGAGGACUCAAACAUGAGUUGAAGAAGGUGGCUAAGAGUGUUGAGCACCUGGAGAAGGGUCCUGGUCUAGUUGUUCGACAUCAGAGGAAUGUCGCAGAGGCUAGGCAAAUGAAGAAGCCUUAUAGCCGUCCCCUUACCACCUUCGGAGACUUUAAAUGUUUCCAAUGUGGGGGCGCACACCUGAAGAGGAAUUGCCCGCAGUUGAAGAGUUCACCCAGUGGACAAGGGAGCAGUCGCAAAUGUUUCAUCUGCGAUCAACUCGGGCAUUUUUCUAACCAGUGCCCCGAGAAGAAGACCAGUACAACUAGGAAACCACCAGCUAUAGUAUAUGAGAGACCUAGAGCUGGUGGGAGAGUUUUUGCCCUGACCACCACCGAGGCUACACAAUCGGUACUGGUGUUGUUUGAUUUCAGAGCAACACAUUCCUUUAUUUCUAAUGCAUGUGUGUCAAAACUGAGCUUGGAGAAACAUGACUUGGAUUGUGAGUUACUGGUUUCAACUCCAUCUUCGGGUCAGGUGGCUACCAGUUCAUCUAUGUAG